UUUCAUUACCAUAACCAUUACCGUUUCUCAUCCUCCUCCAAGUGUGUUCUCUCGCUCUGUACAAAAUAUAUAACAAAGGCGCACACAUAUAUAUACACAUACACAUGACACAAACACGAGGUCUCACAUAACACCAAAUCUCAUCACCAUCGCCAUCGACCAUAACCCUCUCUCUCUCUCUCUCUCUUCUCUUUCUCUCUCUAAAUCUCUCCCAAUUCUCUUUCUCUCGAUCCGCCAAUUAUUAAUCCGUUGCUCGCUUCGGAUUUCGAUUCGGAUAAAAAUAAAAUUCGACCAAUCAGGUUGGAUCCUCAGGGAAUGGGAGCGUUCUUCGUUGGUGGAUGAAUCUCGCUGAGUCCGAACCGGAAAAAUGCCUGCGUUACCGAACGGGAAUCACCAAUUCAGUAGUAAUGGAUUCUGGUCGAAGAAUCGUGACGAUGUUAGCUACAAUCAGCUCCACAAGUUUUGGUGUGAGCUUGCAACACAAGCUCGGCAGGAGCUCUUGAGGAUAGACAAGCAAACCCUUUUUGAACAUGCACGGAAAAAUAUGUAUUGUUCCAGGUGCAAUGGGUUACUUCUCGAAGGCUUUUUGCAGAUUGUUACGUAUGGGAAAUCUUUGCAGCAAGAGGGAGUGGGCCCUCACUUUCCUUGCGGAAGACCUGGAGGUUUGAAAAACCAAAAUAAUGGUGGAUCAACUAUUUGUGAUGUAGUCCAGGAUGAAAUUCAAGAUCCAACUGUCCAUCCAUGGGGAGGUUUGACCACAACGCGUGAGGGUUCACUGACACUUAUGGACUGCUACUUGUAUUCAAAGUCUCUGAAAGGACUGCAAAUUGUAUUUGAUGGGGCACGUGCAAGGGAGCGGGAAAGAGAACUGCUUUAUCCUGAUGCCUGUGGUGGGGGAGGUCGUGGUUGGAUAAGCCAAGGAAUUGUGACUUAUGGAAGAGGGCAUGGGACAAGGGAAACAUGUGCCCUGCACACUGCCAGACUUUCAUGUGAUACGUUGGUGGAUUUUUGGUCAGCACUGGGAGAGGAGACAAGGCAAUCUCUUCUAAGGAUGAAGGAAGAAGAUUUUAUUGAGAGACUCAUGUACAGGUUCGAUAGCAAGAGAUUUUGUAGAGAUUGUAGAAGAAACGUAAUUCGAGAAUUCAAAGAACUAAAAGAACUGAAGCGCAUGCGUAGAGAACCUCGUUGCACCAGCUGGUUUUGUGUUGCUGAUACUGCCUUUCAGUAUGAGGUAUCUGAUGACACAAUUCAAGCUGAUUGGCGCCAGACAUUUGCAGAUACAGUGGGAUCGUAUCAUCACUUUGAAUGGGCUGUGGGGACAACAGAAGGAAAGUCUGACAUUUUGGAAUUUGAAAAUGUGGGAAUGAAUGGAUGUGUACAAGUCAGUGGCCUAGAUCUUGGUGGUUUGACUGCAUGCUUCAUCACCCUCCGAGCUUGGAAGCUAGAUGGACGCUGUACUGAACUUUCUGUUAAAGCUCAUGCAUUAAAGGGUCAACGGUGUGUGCAUUGCAGGCUAAUUGUGGGGGAUGGUUAUGUUACAAUUACAAAAGGGGAAAGUAUUAGAAGAUUCUUUGAGCAUGCUGAAGAGGCGGAAGAAGAAGAGGAUGAUGAUUUGAUGGACGAAGAUGGAAAUGAGCUUGAUGGAGAAUGCUCUCGUCCUCAAAAGCAUGCAAAGAGCCCCGAACUUGCUCGAGAAUUUCUUCUUGAUGCUGCUACUGUUAUAUUUAAAGAACAGGUUGAAAAGGCUUUCAGAGAAGGAACAGCACGCCAAAAUGCGCACAGUAUAUUUGUUUGUCUUGCACUGAAACUGCUGGAAGAACGAGUUCAUGUAGCAUGCAAAGAAAUCAUUACACUAGAAAAGCAGAUGAAACUUCUAGAAGAAGAAGAAAAGGAAAAACGGGAAGAAGAAGAACGGAAGGAGAGGAAAAGGACAAAAGAAAGGGAGAAAAGACUUCGGAGAAAGGAAAGGCUAAAAGGAAAGGAGAAAGAUACAGAAACAAAGUGUUCUGAAUCAAUUGAUGUUCCUGGAUCUCCUGAAGUCUCAAAGGAAGAAUUGUCUCCAGAUGCUGAUGUAGAGCAAGAUGAUUCAACAAGAGGCAGGAAUUCAGUCAUUGUAACAGAAGUUGAUUAUCCUAAAAUCCAAGACGAAGACUUUUCUAGGGAGUGUAUUACUUUGAGAGCACAAGACUUCUCUUAUGAUGACUGUGAGGGAGACAGUGUAAAUGCGGAAGACCACUCUUAUUGUGAUGGAGACAUUGCAGAUGCACAAGACAGAAAUAGUACUUCUACAGUUGAGCAAUCAAAGUUUUAUUGUCAAAGACUUAGAUUUAGGAAAGAAUUUCGACUGGAUGCUCCUACAAAGUGGUCUGACAGACGCCAAAAUGCAGUUGUUUCAGAAAAUGGUGCGACGCUUGGAAGAUCAGAGCCAAUACACCAUGAAGACAAUUUUGGGAUUUCUUCCAGGGGAGUCAAUGGACUGAACAGGCAAUCUAGAAUAAAUGUUGCAAAAUCCAAUGGUCGUAAUACUGGUCAGAAGUGUAGUGAGAGGUUUUAUAGUUCCAACAGCUGGAUGAACGACAGGUAUGAUAUCCAUUCAUGCAGUUGUAGCCCGAACAAUAGAGUGAAUAGAGUUAGUUGGGAGACAAAACCUGCUAGUAAGUCUGAAUCCACAGUAGACACUUGUAAGCAGUUUUAUCGUGGGAGCAAGUAUAAUCAUGUAGACUUCAUGCAUGAGAGUAAUGGAAGAACCAAAAGCAGAGUCAUCUCAGGGAACUAUUCCAGUAGGGAUUUACCCCAAUCAAGGAAAGUUUGGGAGCCUGCAGAGUCACACAAGAAGUAUGCUCGUAGUAAUUCAGACUCUGAUGUUACAUUGAGGUCCACAGGUCAAGGAUAUCAGUUCAAUCCGGUAAGAUCAUCUGUUGAUGAAGUUGGUGGUUCAGGUGAAAUUUGUGAUGAGGAUAGUAAUUUGAAGAGAAGAGGAAUGGGUGAAGGGCGACAAAAUGAUCUUGAUGCAGAAGUGGGAGGAUCUUGCAGCUCCACAGAAAUUGCAUCUGAGGAACCUGGAAUGUGUCUGGCGGGUGGCUCUGCCUUGAAUAAUUCUUCUGAUCCCAAUCAAGGUAGCACUUCUAGUUCUGAUAACUGCUCAUCAUGCCUAAGUGAGGGUGACAAUAAUACAUCCUCUUCAAACCAUGAAAAUACAGAAUCCUCAACAUCGGAUUCAGAAGAUGCUAGCCAACAAUCUGAAGUAAGAGAUAGUUCAACCUGCAUUGACAAUGACUUGUCUGGCUCUCAUGCUGGGAUGGAGAAAAUCUAUAAUACAAAUGCUGAGGGUUUAACUAGAAGGUCACCAGUUUGUCCAUCCUUGGAUGUAGCAGGACGUGAUGUGUUGGGGAAUCCCAUGGUGAAAAUGUCCCAUAAUUUUGAUAAUGGUUUUUCCUCCAUUACUUUGUGUUCUCAACCUCAAAGCAUGCUUCCUCCAGCGCCAAACCAAAACAUACAAUUUCCGGUGUUUCAGUCUCCUUCAGCAAUGGGUUAUUACCAUCAAAAUCCAGUUUCAUGGCCAGCUGCUCCCACAAAUGGAUUGAUGCCCUUCCCACAUCCAAACCAAUAUAUAUAUCCUGGCCCUUUUGGAUAUGGCUUAAGUGAGGAUCCACGCUUCUGCUUGCAGUAUGGUGGCUUACAGCAACCAACCCCCCUAUAUAACCCUGUUGCUGUUCCAGUUUAUCAGCCAGUUGCCAGAGCUAAAGGCUUAAAUACUGAGGAACUGACCUUAUUGUCUAAGCCAACAUCCAUGUCGCAAGAGUGUCUGAAUGGAUCUCCAGUAGAAAAGGUUUCUCUAACUGGAGCUAAUUCACAAAAAGCAGCAAUGAAUGGGGAAGUAGGACAUGAUAAUUCUGCCAAGUUCCAAGACAGUGGUUUUUCCCUGUUUCAUUUUGGUGGCCCUGUAGCCCUUUCAACUUGUCGUAAAUUGGCUACUGCAUCUUCAAAUGGCGACAAUGUUGGAGAUUUUGACGCAAAGAGUUCAAUAGAUCAAGUUGACAAUGAUCAUGGUUGCAAUAAAAAAGAGACUACUGUCAUUGAGGAGUACAACUUGUUUGCAGCAAGUAAUACCUUAAGGUUUUCAAUUUUCUAAAAUGAAAUGAGAAGUAUAAGGUGGCUGUUGUGGAAUUCGGUCUCUAUCUUCAUAUGGUAAUGGAGGUUUGAGUACUUUGUAAUUCAGUAAACAAUAAAGCUUCCUUCAGCAAUUUCUAUUUUAGCAUAUAGUUUUUUUUAGUUGAUUGUUA